AUGGAAUUAACUGAACUUGAACCUCAAACAGUGCAAUAUUGUUUUCCAUCUAAAAAUGGAUCUUGUACCAAAGAACUUCGGUCCACGGCUGUUUCUAUCAUUCUUUAUGUGUCUAUGUUUGCUGUGGUAAUUCUGACACUGUGUGGAAACCUGAUCGUGAUCAUUUCCAUCUCACACUUAAAGCAGCUACACACACCAACUAACCUGCUGGUGUUGUCCUUGGCUGUGGCUGAUCUUCUAGUAGGGGUGUUUGUGAUGCCUUUUGAUAUGGUGAAAUUAAUAGAAUCAUGUUGGGUUUUUGGUAAUUUAUUUUGCUCUUUUCGUAAUGUAUUUGGAUUUCUUCUAACUUCAGUCUCAAUCAGUAGCUUAAUAUUUAUAGCCAUUGAUCGCUAUUUUGCUGUAUUUUACCCAUUUCUUUAUUCUUCUAAAAUAACACUUAAUAUAGCAUUGUUCUGCAUAGUACUUAGCUGGCUUUCAUCCCUGUGUUAUAAUUUGUCACUCUUUUAUUUUAAUGGAAAUAGUAAUGAUGAAAACCUGAAUACCUGUCUUGGAGACUGUUUCAUGUUAAUCAAUUCAACCUGGGGAAUAAUUGAUCUGCUUGUUACGUUUAUUUUGCCUUGUUCUGUUAUGAUAAUAUUGUAUGCAAAGAUCUUUGUAGCUGCUAAAAAGCAAGCACAUGCAAUAAAUUCUAUAACAAAUCAAAUUACAUUUUCAAAUGAAACCAACAGAAAAACAUCCCAAAAGUCUGAGUGGAAAGCCGCAAAAACUUUAGGAAUUGUAUUCCCUUGGGCUCGACCUGGGAAGUUUGCUUGUGGCUGUGAUGCUCAGGCCUCCACCAGAGUCCACCAGCAGGCUGAUUGUGGACAAGAGGUUGAGAUCCGGCUUCAAAUUUGUACCUCAGCAGACGACUUCCUUGGCCCAGUCUACGGCACAUCACCUUAUUCUGCCCUGACGGCGCACACCAGCCUGGUCUCCAGAGAGGACACCCGCGAUGAGCACGCACCCUGUUCAGCCUGGAGACAGAUACGCCUAAUGGAUGAUUACCCAGUCUGGGAGUAUCCUGCAUAA